GAUUGUGUGAAAAUGUGCCAAGUAGAAAUGCUGAGAGUGUUGGUGAAGCAGCGACUAACUGCUGCUGUGGAAGAAAUAUUUGUAGUGUUAGAAAGAACGAUAGCAGAAUACGAGGAGGAACUUUCUAGAACAAAAGAGGAGAACGAGCGACAACGUCAACUACUGGACGCUCUUUUCAACAAACAUCAACAAGCAGUCGGUGGGGAACAUCUUCCUCCAGAUCAACAAUAUUGGACCACCAAGAUGGAGCAGGAGGAGGCAGAGCCCCCCUGCAUUAAAGACGAGGACGAGGAAGCUGAUAUCUCCAAGUUCCCAGUGAUUGGUGUCACUGUGAAGAGUGACGAUGAUGAGGUCAAAGGUGAAAGUGAGGAGCAGAGAGAGGUGGAGAGACCAAACAUCUGCUCAACUCAACACAUGACAACAGAAGAUGAUGGUGGAUCCCAAGCAGACUUCGCUCCACUGUCAGAUAGUGAGGAUACAACAUCACCCUCUCCUGACACUGAUGAUGAACACUCUAAAGCUGAUACUGGAGUAAAUCCCUUCCCGUGCUUGGUUUGUGGGAAAGCGUUUACUCGAAAUGCACAUUUGAUAUCACACAAAAGAACGCACACAGGGGAAAAACCUUUCGUUUGCUCAGUGUGCGGUAAAAAGUUCUCUGAAAAGGGCAGCCUGAAGACACACACCAGAACGCACACCGGGGAGAAACCGUUCUCCUGCUCGAUCUGCAAAACAAGUUUCAGCGACCAUUCGGCGUUGGCGAGGCACAGGAGAAUACACACCGGGCAGAAACCCUUUUCCUGCGACAUUUGCAACACAAACUUCCGCCAGCGGACAGCUUUGGUGAUCCACACGAGACGGCACACCGGGGAGAAACCGUUCACUUGCUCGGUCUGCCAAACACGUUUCAGGGUUCAGACGUCCUUGAUUCAGCACAUGAGGACGCACACCGGAGAGAAACCUUUUGCCUGCGCAGUCUGCGACAAAAGAUUCUCCCAAAAGUCAACGCUGACUGAGCACGCCAGAUUGCACACCGGAGAGAAACCUUUCGCCUGCUCAGUGUGCGACAUGAGUUUCAGUUACCACUCGUCGUUCAUUAAACACAGGAAAAAACACACGCGGGAGAGUUUAGCUGUGUGAUAUUUGAACGUAAACAAUCUCCCAGGAAAUAGACGAGGGCUGCAACUAACAACUAAUUUGAUAAUCGAUUAAUCUGUCGAUUAUUACUUCGAUUAAUCGAUUAAAGGCCUACUGAAAUGAAUUUUUUUUAUUUAAACGGGGAUAGCAGAUACAUUCUAUGUGUCAUACUUGAUCAUUUUGCGAUAUUGCCAUAUUUUUGCUGAAAGGAUUUAGUAGAGAACAACAUCGAUAAAGUUCGCAACUUUUGGUCUCUGAUAAAAAAAAAUUUGCCCCUACCAGAAGUAGCGUGACGUUGUCAGUUGUUCACUCCCUCAUAUUUUCCUAUUGUUUUCAACGCAGCUAGAGCUAUUCGGACCAUUACCCCAUUAAUUUGAGCGAGGAUGAAAGAUUUGUGGAUGAGGAACGUUAGAGUGACGGACUAGAAUGCAGUGAAAUACAUUUUUUUUUUUCGCUCUGACCGUAACUUAGGUACAAGCUGGCUCAUCGGAUUCCACACUCUCUCCUUUUUCUAUUGUGGAUCACGGAUUUGUAUUUGAAACCACCUGGGAUACUAUAUCCUCUUGAAAAUGAGAGUCCAGAACGCCAAAUGGACAUUCAGUGCCUUUUAUCUCCACGACAUCGACGAAGCUCAUGCUAAUUAGCAUGAGCUAACGUGAUAGCAUCUGUCUCAAAUGCAGAUAGAAACAAAAUAAAUAAAUCCCUGACUGGAAGGAUAGACAGAAGAUCAACAAUACUAUUAAACCACGUAUACCAAUAGAUCUCAGCCUGGCAAAGCUUAACAAUGCUGUUGCUAACGACGCUAAGGUUGACUUAGCAACUUAGCAACCGGACCACACAGAGUUAUGAUAAAAACAUUAGCGCUCCACCUACGCCAGCCAGCCCUCAUCUGCCCAGCUCAUCAACACCCGUGCUCACCUGCGUUCCAGCGAUCGGCAGAAGGACGAAGGACUUCACCCGAUCAUCCGUGCGGUGGCCGGUUAGCAUCGGCUAGCGCGUCUGCUAUCCAAGUGAGUAAUCCUGGUUGUGUUGCUGCAGCCAGCCGCUAAUACACCGAUCCCACCUACAACGUUCUUCUUUGCAGCCUCCAUUGUUCAUUAAACAAAUUGCAAAAUAUUCACCAACACAGAUGUCCAGAAUACUGUGGAAUUAUGAAAUGAAAACAGAGCUUUUUUGUAUUGUAUUCAAUGGGGAAGGCAUACCUCUGUUCCCCGGGCUACGUCACGCGCAUACGUCAUCCUCCGGAGGCUUUUUCAACCGGAAGUGUGGCGGGAAAUUUAAAAUGUCACUUUAUAAGUUAACCCGGCCGUAUUGGCAUGUGUUGCAAUUAGAGAUGUCCGAUAAUAUCGGUCUGCCGAUAUUAUUGGCCGAUAAAUGCGUUAAAAUGUAAUAUCGGAAA